AUGCCGCACUUUACUCUCUACGCUCUGACUGGCCACUGGGGGCCCAACCCCAUCAAGGUCGCUGCUUUCCUCGAGCAGUUCGGCUUUGACUACCAUGUCAAGCUCCUGGACAUGAACUCGACCGACAAGGAGACCGGUGUCAAGGGCGCCGACUACCUCGAGGUCUGCCCCAACGGCCGUACGCCUGCGCUGAUCGACCACAAGAACAACGACUUUAUUGUGUGGGAGUCGGGUGCGAUCCUCCAGUACCUUGCCAACAAGUACGACACUGAGGGCAAGUACGGCGGCAAGACGCCGGAGGAGAAGGCGAUCAUCGACGAGUGGCUCUUCUUCCAGGCCACCGGUCUGAGUGUGCCGCAGGGCCAGCUCUUCUACGCCAAGACUUCGUGGAAGGGCAAGUACGACGAGGAUGCGCCCAAGAACGUCAUCCGCCGCUUCUCGGACGAGCUCCAGCGCGUGCUCGCCGUCUUUGAACAGCAGCUCAAGAAGCAGACCGAAAAGCACGGCGGGGAGCGUGCGUGGCUUGCGCUCGACCGCAUCACGGUCGCCGAUUUUACCACGCUGGCGUGGCUCGGUCUCCUGCCGAACUACGGCGAGCCGCUCGAGGUGGACCUGGCCAAGUUCCCGUACAUUGCCAAGUACAUCGAGCGCUGUGAAGCCCUGCCCGCUGUCAAGGCCGUUCGCGCGCAGAUUAAGCACUAG